UGUAGCAACUUCGUAGACCCUAGUACAGUGAUUGCAACGGGAGGCAGCCAACCAAUUGUCCCUCCUGCAGAAACACCCCACCGUCAGGUCCCACAGUGGAAUACCCCAUCAGUGGAACAUCACCAGUCAGACAACAGUGACCGAGCUGGUGAGGAAUUCCUGAGAUGCAUUGCGGCCAACAAACCUCUCCCAGACUAUCUCAAAGGCAAUAUGGCAUACAACCUAGCUGAUGCCUUAAAGUCUGCUAAUGACCUGAAAGAAGCACUCAAGUCAGAUCCUCACUUCCACAAGCAUGUGGCCAAAAGCAAGAGCCAUAGUCGAAGCCGAAGUCGUGGUAGAUCUCGAGCCAAGAGCCGUGCACGGAGCAAAAGCCGGGCACGAAGCAAGAGCCGGGCACGGAGCAAGAGCCGGGCACGGAGCAAGAGCCGGGCACGGAGCCGAAGCAGAGGAAGGAGCAAAAGUCGUGCUUGUAGCAAGAGUCGAGCCAAAAGCAAAACCAGGGCUCGCAGUAGGAGUCGGAGCCGAAGCAAGAAGAGUCACAAACGAAGUAAAAGCAAAGUCAGAAGGUCUAGAUCACAAAGCAGCAGCAGUGAAGAGAGCUAUGCCAACGACAAAAAGAGAAGGAGGAGCCCCGGCCCCAGCAGCAACAGCAUUGUUGGCAUCAGCAGUAAUUUGACAGAAAAUUGUCUGUUAGAAGAACUGAAACUUGUCAUGCAGAGCAAAGAUUUAGAAGACCGGUUGCCCACUCUCAAAGAUGCCUUCCUAAGUAUUCAG